AUGGCCCGGGUUGUCAGGAGGGCCGCGUCGGCUUUGGCCAGGCGCGCUCCUAGUCGGGCCGUUCAGAGGAGAGCUCGCAAGCAUAAGGUGAUCAUGGAGUCUGUCACUCAGGAGAAGAAGAAACUCCGAACUGUGAUUUCUUUCGAAGCUCGAGCGCCCAGUGGUUACACCUUCAUACCAGCUGGAAAUCCACUUCUCACCACCACAUGUAAGGAGCGGUGCCGAAAAGAAGGUCUCCAGAUACAUGCGGUCUCGACAACCCCGCAUGCAAAUACGCACAACCUAUCGCAACACGUCCAUCGGAUAGGGUUUCAUUUCCCAAGUACCGUGGUUGCAACCGCCUGCUCAGAACUGGGUCUGUAUCUCACAAGUGCAGGGAAGGCGGUGCCUUUUCACAACCUUGGCAAUCUGGACCAUCCGCCGCAAGCGGACUCCGAGGUUUCCCAACUCACCAUCAAUACGGAGGCAAGAGAUGCGAUUAAAGAUUUGUUCCCAAACGUUCCGCAGAGUGAUUUAUUCCAGAUCAUCAAAACUGCUUUUCAGAAGGGUCAACAGAAAGUCGGCACGGCUCCAGGUUUACCUUUGGCUCGCCGAGCACAAUUAGCCGUGGUUGCGCAUAUUCGACAUGUCUACACUGACUAUGAUCGUCUUUUGAAGCAGAAGUCUUUCCACGAAGCAAGGGCAGCGGUCGAGCAAACUACUCUGAUAAAGGUCAUCCAGUGGCGCGGGGAUGACGAAAAUGGCCAGACCGUUCUGGAGGAUGUCUUCCGUGAGGUGAUCGUCAUUUCCGAUGAUGAAGAUAGCGAGACGGAAGAGGAGAUGACAUCCGCCACGAACACCCGAGAUCCGAGCGUGGAAUAUCUAUCCAAUAAUGACCGAUUCCAGGAUGUUCAAACCCAACCGGUCAAUAUCGGAAUCCCUUCAAAUGAAGACCUUGCGAAAGAGCUGUCUGAAGAGGCACCCCCUGGGUUCCGGUUUGUGGCCAGGGUGCCGGCCAAGAAGACCAUCGACCGUCGAGGUUUCAGCAGGUAUCAAGCGUGGAAUCGUGCUUUGCAUCGUUUCCGCGCCGAGGCACAGGGUACCGAACAGGCCCAUCUUGGCGAAGCUCCGCCUGAACAGCAAAGCCCACGUAACGCGAAGCGAUGUGCGGAUGCGCAAGAAUUAUCAGACCCAGUCAUGCGACGGGACAUCGCUCCCAAGUCCGUGGGAUUCGUCUCCAGAGCCGAUCCAGGUCCCAUACAGGCCAACCGCCCAGCACAGCAAAUGUCUGGCGUUCCAUCAGCGGAUAAUCCGAGCGGCAAGAAUCAUGUAGGUACACAGGAAAGACAACUUCCUUUGGAAAGCCAACGAGCAUUUUCUCAAUACGGGUCUGGUGGAAGGCCUCUCUCACUAACCGCCCAGGAGCCAUUUGACAUCCGUCCUAUGGAGAGGAACCCUCGCCCAAGCGGCAACGUCAUCUACCCUCAGAAUAACUCUCAUGCAGAAGCGGGUUCCAAUCUUCGGACUGAAAGGUUUCAUAUCCCGUCUAAGGUCAGAGCGAAUGCGCCUGUCUUUGUUAGCGGACCCAAAGAGCUUCAACCGAUUAGCGAGACCCAAGUUGGAUCCCGGCCCGAACUACCCCUUUCUUAUUUAUCCAGCUCAGGGCCCAUUCCACAGGACCAUGCUUUACCAUCGAUUGAAACCCCCUGGCCUCUGGAAAAGCGGCUUGUGGAAGGCCGACUAGAACAGAUGACGAAGAGGAUGUCUCUUCGUUCCGUAACCCCGGUUCACCACCUCCAGGGAGAUUCCUCCCAUCAUGGAAAUGCUGGGCCACCGGAUAGCCCCGAUGAUCUAAAUGUUAAGAGAAGGCGCAUAGCACAUUACGCCCGUCGCCCAGAUUCGCGCCCCGAUACCUGGAACACAAGACCCAACGGAGUCCCAGUCUCCCAAGGAUUGAGCCCAAGAGGUCAAUAUCGCCGUGAGGAAAUCGUCCCAGAGUACUGCUCGCAGGACCCGCCUUACUUUCGACGAUAUUAUUUCCCACCGGCGGAGCAGCCUCUGGUUGCAGGAUACCCACCAGAAAGGAUACCGGUUGCCCUUGCCGCUGCACAAGUCAGCCAGGAUGGGAGACCACCAAUGGAACGGAUGCGUAUUAUCGAUCCUCAUCAGCAGGCCUCAACGCAUCGCCCUCCCCCGGCGUUUUCUGGACCAAAUGGCAGCUAUGCAGGAGGCGACCGCACAACCAGGGUUGCACAAGAAAUUUCCCGUCCUGAAACUCGUCCUGCCUACUAUUCUGAUCGUAGCCCCCGCAUGGACCGAGCCCGACCCUCGACGCUUGAAGAGCCAUACGCCCCUAUUUGGAAGCCCUAUACUGAUCGUGACCAUCUAUUCCAUGAGGUUCCUCCCGGAGGCAAGCAGUAUGCGGAUGGUUUCGUUCGUCACGUUGAUAUCCGCGAGGCUCGUCCGGUCGAGUACCUGAUUCAACGUCCGAGGCCUCAGCCUACCCACCCGGGAGAGAAUCUCACUCAGCCUGCCAAGAUGAGGAUGCCCGAUCACUAUGAUACCAUGAGAUUGUCUCAGGCCCGAGCUUCCUCGGAGCAAUAUCAGCCUCCCAGUCCCCGGGUAGUAGCUCAAAAGUCUCAUGAUCAGCUCUACCGCCGCCCCGAGGUUGUUCCUGGAAGUCACAAGCCGCAUGGAUCUCCUCGCCAAAGACGCCCUGGUAGUGGGUUGAGCACCACGCGCCGGGUUCAUGCUCCCCGAUCGGUUCAAAUGGCGGAACAGAACCGCCCAAUUUACGUCCAACGAGUUGAAUCGCAACCGCCGCAACAGACUGUUCCGGACGGAAGACAUGUGGUCAUUGUGGAUUGA